UAUCUCAGAGCGUUGCUAGUGGUUAGCUAGCAGGCUAACGUUAGGUGCUCGCCCGCUUUCCCUGCGGCCUGGCUGGAGAUGAGUGGAAGAUGUCCGUGUCGGGGCUUAAGGCCGAAUUAAAGUUCUUGGAGUCAAUUUUUGACCCGAAUCACGAGCGUUUCAGAAUUAUCGACUGGAAACCCGAUGAGCUUAGCUGUCAGUUUAAUGUGACUGGUGAAAAGCUACUGAUCAUUCACUGCAACAUUACGGAGGCUUACCCAUCAACCCCUCCAUUAUGGUUUGUGGAAUCAGAUGAUCCAUGUCUGACAGAGGUGUUUGAGCGCCUGGAGGAUGUUCGGAAAGGCAGUACCCUGCUCCUUCAGCAGUUGAAAAGACUUCUCUGUGAUCUUUGUCGACUGUAUAACCUGCCCCAGCACCCUGAUGUGGAAAUGCUAGACCAGCCUCUUCCCACUGGACCUAUCAGUCAUGAAAGAAAGCAUUUAACAACAGAUGAAGCAACAUCAGAUGAAGAGGAGGAGGAAGAAAUGACUGAGCAGGACAUUGAAGAUCUUGACCACUAUGAAAUGAAAGAGGAGGAACCUGUAGAUGGCAAAAAGUCAGAAGAUGAUGGGAUAGAAAAGGAAAACCUUGCUAUAUUGGAAAAAAUCCGCAAGAACCAAAGGCAGGACCAUUUGAAUGGUGCAGUGUCUGGCUCAGUUCAGGCCUCAGACCGUCUUAUGAAGGAGCUCAGGGAGAUCUAUAGGUCACAGAGUUAUAAGACAGGUAUCUAUUCUGUGGAGCUAGUCAAUGAUAGCCUUUAUGAAUGGCAUGUCAAGUUGAGGACGGUUGAUCCAGAUAGUCCAUUACAUAGUGACUUACAGGUCUUGAAAGAAAAAGAAGGGGCUGACUAUAUUCUGCUCAACUUCUCUUAUAAAGAUAACUUCCCUUUUGAUCCUCCAUUUGUACGGGUAGUGUCUCCUGUACUUUCCGGAGGUUAUGUUCUUGGAGGAGGGGCCUUGUGUAUGGAACUACUAACAAAACAGGGCUGGAGCAGUGCCUAUUCCAUAGAGUCUGUCAUUAUGCAAAUAAAUGCCACACUAGUCAAAGGAAAAGCAAGAGUACAGUUUGGAGCUAAUAAGAACCAGUACAAUCUUGCCAGAGCACAACAGUCAUAUAAGUCUUUGGUCCAGAUCCAUGAAAAGAAUGGCUGGUACACACCUCCUAAAGAAGAUGGUUAAGCAGAAGACAACAACUCUUCUUGAACACUGGAAAUAUGGGAUUUGUGAUCAACUAUUUGCAUUGAUAUUGUUCUAAAAUCCUGUUCAUAUCCAUCUGUUCAUCUGGAUUGAAGGGUCUCACUGGUCUGUUGUUCUCAUUUUACUCUCCUUGUGUCUGUCCCAUUUUCCAUUGUCACUCAUGUCUGUUCUUAUCUCAUGUUGUUUCCAAUUUGCUACUGGGAAAGAAGGGAUGCAAGAGAGGCACAAAGCUUCUGUACUAAUGCGUGUCUUAAAGAAGAUUUUUAGAGACCAUCAUAUUCUUCUUGUUUCAUCUGAAACAAAAUAUUGCCUUGUUGGAUUAACACCCGAAUAGCAUAACCUCUUAUGUAGUUUCUGGAUUUGAUUCCUUAGCUCUUCCUUUAUUUUAAGUCAAUGUGGCUGUCGCAUCAGACCUUUGGCAAGGGUUGAUAGAACUUCCUGUUGGGCCCUUAAGCAAGGCCCUUAUCCUCAACUGCUCAGAUGUAUAAUGAGAUAAAAAUGUAAGUCGCUCUGAAUAAGGGCGUUUGCCAAAUGCCUAAAUGUAAAUGUAGAACUUCACACAGAAAUGGAAGCCGAAAGUAAAAAUAGAAAGUUUGCCGUCUCUCUUAUACCUGCCAGUGCUGCUAUGUUCUUUUAAUCUUUUGCAUUAUGUGUUAACAUGUGCUGAUGCAUUUAAUGUUUAAAAUUUAGUGUUUUCUUUAAUGUUAAGGGACAGAAUUUAUUCCAGUUCUCAGCAGAAGUGUGGAUGAACACCACUCUGUAUGCUGUUUAUGCUCAGAGCCUGUAUUUAAUCUGAGCGGUAUUUUGCAAACUCAGGCCAUAGAACAGGCAAUUAAGAAAUUGUAUCAUUGUUCUAUAGUUGGACAAAAACCUGCUUGUGUACUUGUAAAUGGAUAUGUGGUGCAAGUCGUUCUUAAUAUGUUGUUGAUGUGAAGUCUUGGGCUAUACCACAAUAUCCAGUCAAGACCUUGAUCGUAAUAUUUAAAUGGAUGAUUUGAGGAUAUGGAAAAUGAAGAGCACAUAAACCUGUAUUUAUAUUCAGGGGCUUAAAAGCAUUCGUCCCCUAAUUCUGAAAGUGUCAAGUAAUCAUUCCUUUACUGUUUUUAAAUUUCAUACCUUAUUUAAUGCUGAUACUAAUUCAUGGUUUUGUUGUUGUUUCCCUUUCAUACACAAUCAGGACAUAGUGUGAAGCAGUCACUGAUGAGAAGGAAUUAUUCACUUUGUGCUUUUUAUUUCCCACAUACUGCUGCUUUAAUAUAGUAAUUUGCAUUUUAUUUUGUAAUUAUCCUGAAAACCUCCAAGAGGUCUGCUAAACUGAUUUUAUUACUGGUGAAUAUGUUACAACAGAUUUGGUUUAGUGUUUUUCAUGCCAAAAAUCUUUCAUAUAUUUUUAGCACACACACACACAUAAGCUAGUAUAAUUGAAAGCAUAUGAUGUCUACAAAUU